AUGCACCAGGCCGACGACCGCGAGUCCGACUGGCAAAGGAUCUCUUGGGGUCCCAACUACGACAGGCUCCGAGAGAUCAAGAAGAAGUAUGACCCUGACUCCAUUCAGUGGUGCCACCGCUGUGUUGGCAGUGAAGACUGGGUUGAGCUCAGGGACGGUCGUCUUUGCCGCUCAUAUAACUAG